AGGGCUCCAGGCUCCCUCACUCUUCCUACUACGGUCACCUGACACUGACGUCCAUGUGACUUAGGGGGCGGAGCUGAGCCGGGAAGAUGGCGGCGCCCUUGCUGGUGACAUGCAUGCGGCGAGGUGUGCCCAGGACAUCUGUAUUAUGCACAUUUAAAAGAAACUUGCAGAACAGUGCUGUGCUCUUUGCAGGGCAAGACUGGAGAAAACAGCAUGGUUUUGCUCGCAGCGAUUCAGAGUAUGGACCCUUGACAGACCUUCCAGACUGGAGCUUUGCAGAUGGACGUCCAGCCCCACUGUGGAAAGGCCAGAUCAGGAGACUAGAGGAAAACAAGGCUUUGGCUAGCCGAAUUGUUCUUCUCAGUAAUGAAAUUGAUGAAGGAAUGAAGAAGUGGUCUGAGAAACAGGAGGACCUCGAACAACAAAAGCAUUUUAAACAGAAGACCAAACUGAAGUCUAAGUCAUUAUUUAAUAAAACACCAAGCUCUAAAUAAACCUUUAAAUAUGAA